UCUAACUGAGAAGCUGAAAUCUACAUUUUCUCGCUGUGCCGGAUCCAUCGGUACCUUGUAACUGGAUUCCCCCCUUUUAUUAUUUAUCAUUAUUAUAUGCAGAUGAUUGGCGUCGCUCAUUUGCUUCUUCUCGCCGAUGCCCGAUGAGUACAAUCAGCACUACUACACCAUCCGCCAUCAGAUGCAUUACUAUUCUUAGUUGAAUGAUUCCGAUCACGUCGCCAUCAUCCCCACGCGAGGACACCAAGUCGAUCGCCUUUUCUUGUCUGCUCCCCCAUAGGCGAGUUGACUGUUGGCGCUGAAUCCUUGAUCCAGUCGGCGUCAACAGUUCUCGAUUCCUCCUUGCCCAAGUUUCCAAUUCCAGUUCUCGAGAGAAAACGUCGUGCAGUGCAGCGCAACUGGGUCGCCCUUCUCUUCGACUUCUUGAGUCGCCCUUUUCGUCCCCUUGUUGUCGGAGUCGCGCGAGGGAUUCCCCCUUCUUUUCCCCCUCCUCCUUUCUCGGGAUCAGCGAGCCUAGGCCUAGCUGAGGUGUUGGCGCCAGCCAGCAUGAAGUACAAGAAGAGCCGCGACGCCACGGGCCUCGGGUCCAACGGCGACGGCGGCUGGCAGAAAGGCGGUGGCGAUGUGCCGCCGAGCAUCCAGCUGGACAUCAUGGAGCACCGUGGCGCCGCCGCCACAACCGGGCUCGGGACCGGAGGCACCGCCGGCUCGGCGUCCUUCUUCGAGCCGUGGCGCGAGCGGACGCCGGGCAGCAGCGGAAGCGGGCGCGGCAGCUCCGGCGGAGGGGGCGACGGCCGGGAGCCGCCCGAGAAGCGGCUCACGCUGUUCGCCCUCCGGCUGGCCGUGUUGGAGAAAGCGGCGAGCGGGCUCGGGAAGCUCGACUUCGUCUGGGCCACCGUCGUGCUCCUCGGCGGCUUCGCGAGCACCCUCAGCAUCACCGACUUCUGGUGCGUCACCGUCAUCCUCGUCGGCGAGGGCGCGCGCGUCUUCGGCCGCAGCCACGAGCUGGAGUGGCAGCAGCACGCCACGCAGACCUCCACCGCCGGCGGCGCGCUGCGCUCCAGCUCCCGCUUCUUCCGCCACAUCGUGCACGCCCUCGUCGACCCGGCCGCGGCGGCCGCUGGCGGCCGCCGCAACGACGACGACGACGCGCGCGCCAGGGCCGCGCUGUUCCAGCGCCAGAUCGUCGCGUUCAUGAGGCGCCGCGCCUGGCACGCGCCGGACGUGUCGCUGCUCCCCUACACCGGCUGGGUCUUCGUCUCCAGGAAGAUCGGCAGGCUGCUCAACUGGAUGCAGGUGCUCUCCGCCCUGGCCUGCGUCGUGCUCUCGGUGAUGCGUCUCUGGAAGCAGGACUUCGGCGGCCGCGACAGCCGCAACAUGAGGCCGGCGCUCCUGCUCUUCUACACCCUGGCGCUCGUGGAGGCGUCGCUCUUCCUGUUCGAGAAGGCGUACUGGACGUGGAAGGUCUCCGUCUGCAAGCUGCUCCACCAGGUGAGCGCCGAGUGCGAGCUGGGCCCGUACGGGCUCGUCUCCCUCAAGCGCUUCUUCUACGACGCCUACUCGCGGUGCAUCGCCGGGAGCAUCUUCGACGGCAUCAAGAUGGACCUCGUCACCUUCGCCGAGGACCUCAUCCUCUCGGACUUCCUCGACGAGCAGAUCAUCGGCGUGCGCAUCCUGCAGCAGUUCGCCAACAGCGAGCGCUCCGCGAGCGACACGCUGCGCAAGGUCGGCACCACCCCGAGGUCCAUCGACCGGCUCGUCGAGAUGCUCAACUGGAAGCGUACCGAAGAGGAUGAGGUGCGACUGUGCGCCGCCGAGAUCGUGUCCAAGCUCGCCAGCAAGCGUCAGAACGCGCUCCGCGUGUCCGGCAUCCCUGGGGCCAUCGAGUCCGUCACGUCCCUGCUCUACACCGCCACGAGUCCACCCGUGUCCGGAACGCACCCGCAGCUGCCCGGUGCUCCCGCCGAGCACGGAGCCUCACCGCCGGCGGCGAGCCGCGGCUACGACCACCUGCAGUUCAACUUGCUGGGCCUGCUCAUCCUCAAAAGGCUCGCCAGGGACCACGACAACUGCGGCAAGAUCGGUAACGCGCGAGGCCUGCUCGCCAAGGUCAUCAACUUCACGCAGGCGUCGCGGGCUCUCCUCCAGAACCCGCACGUCACCGACUCGCAGGUGCGCGCCAUGAAGCGCGCGCUCAAGGUGGUCAAGAUGCUCGUGUCCACGACGGGUAGCACCGGGAAGGCGCUCCGGGAGAGCGUCGCGGAGAACGUCUUCACGGUGAGCAACCUGCGCGGCAUACUGCGGUACGGGCAGCAGCACAGGGAGCUGCAGAAGCUUGCCACGGACGUGCUCACUGGGCUGGCCAUGCACGACAGCGGCAAGGAGGCCAUCGUGGCCACGGGAGGCGUCGUCAAGCUGCUGCUUUCGAUAUUCUUCAAUGUCCAAGACACGGAACUCGGUCGCGAGGCCGGCGAAGCGCUGGCGAUGCUGGCUCUGGAGAGCGAGGCCGGAUGCGCGGCGAUACUCAGGCAGACCGACGUGCUGGACCAGCUCGUGUCGGCAUUGCAGGACGGCGACGCACGGCGGCGCCUCAACGCGGCGAGGGUCCUGCGGAACCUGUGCGCGUACUCGGGGCAACAGCAGAGGGAGCGGCUGCGCGUGGUGACCAAGGCCUUGCCGGCGGUGCUGAACGCCACCAAGGUGGACAAAGACAGAAUACUCGAGGUGUCCGUCGGCCUGUCGACGGAGAUCUGCCAGUUCAUCGACGGCGAGCAGUUUGCCGCCGAGCUGCGCGGCGCCGGCGUGGCGGACGAACGCGCAUACGUGGAGCUGCUGGCGAGCAUCCUGAAGCAGUACAGGUAUCCGGACAUCAGGGUCCCACGAAUGCGACGGUUCGUGGUGCAGCAAGUCAUCUGGCUGAUGACGAGUUCGGGCGGAGGCGGUGACCACAGCGGCGGGUACGUUCAGCUCCUCAGGGAGGUGGGCAUGAAGCGGCUGCUAGAGUCCAUCGCUGACACCACGUCGGAGCUGGAGUGCUACCACGUUUUCUCAGGAAGCGUCGGCAUCAGCAAGCACCGUGAGAGCUUCUCCGCCAUCGUGGACUCCGCGCUGGAGCUGAUCGCCGGCAGCGGUGAUGGAGCCCGAGCUGAAGACUGAAAGGUUGCAUGGAAUUAUGAAAAUACAUAAAAGGGCAGCUGAAGUCUGCACUCUGCACUCGUGUAGAAUGUAAAAAGAAUGUAAAGAAGUAUGAAAAUUACAAGGGACACCGUGUAGAAUUUAAAGUUUUGUACAGAGAGAGAGAGACUUGCAUGCCAUGCCAAACGAGGAUGGUUUCAUCAAGUAGAGAAUAUAUAAUAGUUCCAAGCCCAACUCGGAGGAAUUCGUUCAAUUUGUGCAAAUUUCAUAAGGGAGUUGUUA